AUGAAGAUUCUUAAAGGAAAAGAAGAAUGGAUUGUGGCGAAUCAAGUUCUUAUUAUUCAAGAAUGGUUUCCAGAUUUCAAUCCGGUUACGCAAAGGACUUCCCAUGUUAUGGUUUGGGUUAAGUUUCCAGGUUUAUGUGUUGAAUUAUUGACAGAAAAAUCUCUUAUGCCCAUAGGUAAAAUUCUAGGUAAUCCAAUUAUUGUGGAUGAUAGAACUUUGAAUCAUGAAUAUGGAUACUUUGCAUCUGUUCUUACUGAUAUUGAUUUUUCAGUUGAAGUUCCUAAUGAAACCAAUCUUGUAUCCGGUGGUAGAAGGUUUACUCAGGAAGUUGAUAUUCCAAAAAAGCCAAAAUUUUGUAGCCAUUGUAAAAUCAUUGGUCAUGAGUUCAAGGACUGCAAGGUUGCUAUCAAGGUCAUCAAUUCGGAGUUAGGUUUUGUGGAUGAGGACAAGAGGGUGAACACGGAAGAGGAUGAAUUUUUGGUUGAAUCUGAUGAAGAUAGUAUUGAUGGCAGCAUUGGUUCGCAAGAUUGGGAUACAAUGGCUGCGGACAUUUUGGAUAACUUUUUUCUGCUGCUAUCAAAUAAGAUGAAUAUUGAUAAGGAAGAUGAUGAAGACGAUGAUGUUGCUGCUGCUGUUGAAGAGGACGAACUCAUGGCAUUGCUGCUGUUUGCGGUUGUUGAUGAUGAAGAUGAUUAA